AUGUCUGGUCUCUACCUCCCCUCGUUCUCUACGAACUUGGUGAGUGGUGCUGACCUACAGGAUGGGGGAGUCCACCAGUUCACUCCUGCGCGUCAACGGGUGACGCACUGUACAGAGGCUAGCACAGGCCGACACCUGGCUACGUUUACCCGUCAGCCGGGGUCGAGCCUGUACACACUGACCACUCCGUCUCCUCCAGUUGCUGAGUCUGGUAGGGUAGCUGCGUCGGGUCAGCGGGCUGCCCCUCACUCCUCCCAGUUUCCUCCGACAGAGGCCCCGUUGCAGACGCUUCACAUGGACGUGUGGGGCCCAGCCCGCGUCCAUGGACAGGGUCACGAGCGCUACUUCCUGCUGGUGGUUGACGACUACUCGCGUCACACCAUGGUCUUCCCCUUGCGCAGCAAGGGUGAUGUCACUGAGGUACUGAUCGACUGGAUCCGCACAGCUCGUCUCCAGCUCAGGCAGCGCUUUGGCUCGGACUUUCCUCUUCUGCGUCUGCACUCGGACAGAGGCGGAGAGUUUUCUUCUGGUCUUCUGAGUGCCUACUGUCGUGCACGAGGCAUCCGUCAGACCUUCACGCUUCCAGACUCCCCGCAGCAAAAUGGGAUUGCUGAGCGCCGCAUUGGCAUGGUCAUGGACGUCGCUCGUACGUCCAUGAUGCAUGCGGCUGCCCCCCAUUUUCUGUGGCAUCAGAUCAACCUCCACCCCAGGGUCUCCACACCGGAGACCUCCCCAGCCUUGCUGUGGACGGGGAAGGUUGGCGAUGCGUCGACGUUCCGGGUCUGGGGAUCUCGGGCGUUUGUCCGCGACUUGUCUGCGGACAAGCUGUCCCCUCGUGCUACUCCUUGCGUCUUCCUGGGGUUCCCCCCCGACGCGCCUGGGUGGCAGUUCUACCACCCAACCUCUCGCCGUCCCCCCCCGGUAGACCCCCUCCCCCCUCAGGGUCCUGCUCCUUUAGGUGUGUCCCAGGUUGAUGCAGUCGAGCCUGUCGAGGUUACUGGUGACUCUGGUGCUGCUGGAGGUGCUGAGCCUGAGGGUGCUGAGCCUGGGGGUGCUGAGCCUGGGGGUACUGAGCCUGGGGGUGCUGAGCCUGGGGGUGGUUUGCCUGGGUGUGCUGUACCUGGGGGUGCUGAGCUUGGAGGUGCUCCGCCUGGAGGUUCGCCGGGUGCUUCGUCGCUGCGGGAGCCACUCUCUCCACUAGAGCUGCGCGAGUGGUUUGCCCGGCGCUGGAGGCGUGCUGCUAGUGCUGGAGGUUCUACGGCUCCGGAGGGUGCUACUGUCACGGGUCCCGGAGGUGCUCGUACUGGGAGUACUGGAGUUGCUGGGCCUGCGGUUUCGACUGGAGCUGGUGCUGCUGAGGGUGUUGGCGCUGAGACUACUGCUGGUGGUUCUGCUGGGGGUACUCCUGGUGCUGUUGGAGGUUCUGGAGCUGCUGGAGGUGCUGCUGGAGCGGGUGCUCCUGCUGGGAGUACUGGUGCCGUCCCUGGUGUGUCUGGCGUCGCUGCACGGCCUCGACCGUACUUCGUUCCCCUCCUACAGCAGGUUCUCGGUCUUCCGCCUUCUAGUGGUCCUCCUCCUUCUUUAGAGUGUCCACAGCCUGUCCCGUCACAGUUACAGUUACAGCCCGCCUCCCCUCUGCCUGCUCCUUCUCCCUACACUGGUCCUACUGGAGGUCUUGCUGAGCGUCGUGAGCCUGCGUCUCGCCCUGCGUCGCCGGUUCGUGUUGCUCGCACUAGUGGUCACGGUUCGCGUCAGCGUCCUCCACCUGUGCCUGGCACGCACCGGAUUUCUCUGCGUCCGUCCACUGCUCCUCUGCGUGCCCCUUUACCUUCUCCUCCUGAGUCUUCUCUUCCUGCUCUUUCUGACCCGGAGUCGGACUCUCUUCGUGCUGCCAGUCCUACUGUCACGCGUCUUCUUGCGACUGUUGUCACUGACCCUUCUUUCGAGUCCACUGCUGCGUCUGCCCUUGUUACUGAGCUCGUCGACUUUGCUGCUCGCUGUCGCCUAGACUACGCUGCUAGUCUUGUCGCUGAGCAGGAGGAGUUCCAGUGUCUGGCAGCCGCUUCACCUCAUCUCGUGUCUGUACUGCUUACCCGUGAGGGAGACCCGGAUGCACUUGACAUCCCGACUCCGCGCUCUUACGCGGAGGCGAUAGAGGGUCCCUACUCUUCUCAGCGGCAGGCAGCUAUGGAUGCAGAGAUGGCUUCCUGGAAGUCCACAGGCACCUACGUUGACGCUGUCCCCCCUCCUGGGUCGAACAUCGUCAGUGGCAUGUGGAUCUUCAGGGUGAAGCGACCGCCUGGUUCUCCGCCUGUCUUCAUGGCACGGUACGUGGCUCGUGGCUUCAGUCAGCGGCAGGUAGUUGACUACUAUCAAACCUUCUCUCCCACCCCGAAGAUGACCACUCUUCGGGUACUGCUGCACAUUGCUGCUCACCGUGACUUCAGCACAGCUUUCUUGCAGGGCAGCCUGCACGAGGAGAUCUGGCUGCGCCGCCCACCUGGCUUCACUGGGUCGUUCCCUCCUGGUACCCAGUGGAGUCUCCAGCGUCCAGUCUACGGUCUCCGCCAGGCGCCACGUCAGUGGCACGACACACUGAGGACUACGCUUGCGGCUCUUGGGUUUGCUCCUUCUACAGUCGACCCGUCGCUGUUUCUACGCACCGACACCUCUCUGCCGCCGUUCUACAUCCUCGUGUACGUCGACGACUUGGUCUUUGCCACAGCUGACACUGCUGGACUCGCCUACGUGAAGUUUGAGCUGCAGAAGAGACACACAUGCACAAACCUGGGUGAACUGCGCAGCUACCUUGGCGUGCAGAUCACCCGGGACAGAGCACGCCGCACCAUUACCCUGACUCAGUCACACAUGGUGCAGCAGGUCCUUCAGCGCUUCGGCUUCACGUACUCCUCGCCUCAGGCCACUCCUCUGCCUACUCGCCACUCGCUCUCAGCUCUGCCUUCGAAUGAGUCCGUAGAGUCGAGUGGCCCGUAUCCAGAGCUUGUUGGCUGCCUCAUGUACCUGAUGACCUGCACACGACCUGACCUUGCAUACCCUCUUAGCAUUCUCGCACGUUAUGUUGCUCCUGGGAGACACCGACCAGAACACAUGGCUGCAGCGAAGAGUGUGUUGCGCUACUUGUGCAGUACGUCGGGCAUGGGGCUAGUGCUUGGAGGGCGCAGUCCAGUGGUCCUCACUGGGCACGCAGACACUUCUUGGGCUGACGACCAGGCUACGCAGCGGUCGUCACAGGGUUACACCUUCAGCCUUGGUUCCGGCUCUGUCUCGUGGCGGGCUACUCACUCGUCUUCUGUUCUCGGCUCCAGUUGUGAGGCUGAGAUCUACGCUGGGGCCAUGGCUGCACAGGAGCUUCGCUGGCUCACCUACCUGCUGACUGACCUCGGAGAGCCGCCUUGUUCUCCUCCAGUUCUGUACGUAGACAACAAGGCCAUGCUGGCCCCUGUACAUCCCUUGUUAGAAUAG